UGAUGAUAUACUUUAGAGGAGCAUAUUGUUUAGAAUAACAUGGACAGUGGUGCACUGAGUAAUGAUGGGGAUUCAUUUCUGUAUUUUGGGUUUGCCAGCAACCUGCUGAGAGCCCGUAUACACAUUGGUACCCCAACCGCGAAGCUUGUUGGGCCAGCUAAACUGGAGGGUUACAGACUUUGUUUUCAAGUGUACCCCGGAUGGAGUGUAGAAGAAAGUCUAUGGAACGGAGCCCCUGCCUCUAUUAUGGAGAGUCCUCAAGGUCACGUCUGGGGAGCAGUAUGGCGUCUCCAAAAAUCAGAUCUGGCUAAUCUAGAUCCGCCAGAAUCUAGUUACAAGGCAUUUGACGUCACGGUGACGUCACCAGAUGGUAUGGAAUACGUUUGUCGCACCUACCAGAUGAUGAAUGGCCAAGAGGAAGAACUUCCAUCGCCAUACUACAUGAAGGUCAUCACAGAGGGCGCCGUAGAGUCUGGCCUUCCAGAAACCUAUGUCGAGCUCUUAAGGUCAAUCAAGCACAAUGGACAGACUAACCCACCAGAUAUCAUGAAUAAAAUAUUCAAAUGAUCGAUUUCCUUGAUUUUAUC